UAGAUUUCGGGACACCUCGACAAGUUUCGCCCUACUGCCGAUUCUAUAAUCGUAAUCAACCGAGGUGUUCCGAAUAAUAUCAGCCGAUCCAUAAUGAUCAAGAGUCAAAGACCAGGGGUAAGAUUCAGGAAUGGAUCAGCCUGAAAAUAGUAACAGUGAUGUUGACCCAGAUGCACAUGACAAGGAUAAUAACAGAGAAAGCCAAAACUUGAGUAUUGAUAGUGAUAAAAUAAGUGCAGACUCUAGCGUUUUAUCAAGGGAGAUAACUCAGCAAGGUGUUAAUGACAGUGCAUCAUCUGUGGAGACAAGUCAGGACCAAGCCAGUGGACAUUUCAGUGUUCAAGUUGAUAAAAACAGUGGAGACAACAAUAUAUUAUCAAUGGAGAUAACUCAGCAAGGCGAUACAGGACAAAGUCACGAUGAUAACGAAUGCAGUGGUACAACUGUUAACGAUGGUUCAUCAUCAGUGGAGACAAGUCAGGACCCAGCCAGUGGACAUUUCAGUGUUCAAGAUGAUAAAAACAGUGGAGACAACAAUAUAUUAUCAAUGGAGAUAACUCAGCAAGGCGAUACAGGACAAAGUCACGAUGAUAACGAAUGCAGUGGUACAACUGUUAACGACGGUUCAUCAUCAGUGGAGACAAGUCAGGACCCAGCCAGUGGACAUUUCAGUGUUCAAGAUGAUAAAAACAAUGGAGACAACAAUAUAUUAUCAAUAGAGAAAACACCGCAAGGCAAUACAGGACAAAGCCAUAAAAAUAAUGAGUGUAUGGAUGAUGACUGUGUAUCAUCAAUGGAGAUAAGUCAGAAACAAGCCACAGGAGUUCAAAGUGAUAAAAUUAGUGGAGACACCAAUGAAUUGUCAAGGAAAAUAAAUUGGCAAGUAGAUGUUGGAUGUCACAGUGAGGGAGACCAAAGCAGUGAUAAUAAUGAAUUUAGUGAUGCAGCUCCCCCUGAAAAUGUCGGAGAUAAUGAUGACACUGGAGAAAGCUCUGAUGAAUUCCUUGAUGCACGUAAUGAUCAUGAAUUAUCUGUAGAAGAGAAGACUAAGGAACAUGCUGUUGGAAAUUUUGAUUUUCAAGGUGGAGAAGAAGAAAACAAAAAGAUGAUUAAUCUUUUGCCAGAACAAGAAAGUCAGAUUAAUAAUCAGUUCAAUGUACAACAGAAUCAAGGUCCUCAACAGGGAAAUAUGUCAGGCAAUCAAUAUGGAGUACAACAUGGUCAAGGCUAUCAAACAGGUCCUUAUUCUCAAGAGGUAUUUAUGCCAGCUCAAAAGCAACAAGGUUACCCAAAUCCUAUGCCAAAUCAACAACAGAAUCCAGGUCUUGCCUUGUAUCCUCGACAGCAAGGCUAUGCACCGUUGAUGCCACAGCAGCAACAGAAUCAAGCCUGGCCUCCACCAAGAGGUGCACCACCACCUGGACAUGGUUACAUGAAUCCCAUGUCGCGUCCAGAGGGAUUUUCACCAGCCCAAGGACCACCAGGCUAUAUGGGUCCCAUGCCGCGUCCACAGGGAGGACCACCAGGCUAUAUGAGUCCCAUGCCGCGUCCACAGGGAGGACCACCAGGCUAUAUGAGUCCCGUACCACGUCCACAGUACCAGACUCCACCAUCUGCACCAGGUCCUGCUUGGUCUCCACCAAGACAUGGACCAGCUCCUAGACACAUGACAAAUCCUUACCCAUAUGAGCAAGAUGACCACUCUGAGCAUACAGCAUUUCCUCAGAAUCCACCGGCACAAGUUGCUCCAGAUUCACAAUCAUCGCAUCAGCCAUCAAAUGAUCCGCCUGCUUCUCAACAUGAGCAAGGUUCCACAACUAUCCGAGUUUUUGGCUUUGGGAAAGCCAUUUCACCUGAUUUUAUCAAGUCUCACUUUUCCAGUGAAAAUAAUUCUGGUGGAGGUGAUAUUAAGGAGUUCAAACAUGAUUCUAAGAAAAAUGCUGUUUACAUUACUUUUUAUGAUGAGAAAGUAGCGAAAAGAGUAUUGUCGAAAAAGUCGCACAAAAUUCACAAACAAAAAUUGAAAGUGGAACUUUAUGACGAGUCAACAGUUGAAGAAAAGAAGACCGAACCGAUCAACUCCAUUAUCGUUAGAGGGAAGGAGAGAGCUCUUAAAGAUGAAGAUGUAGAAACUGUUGAAAUGUACUUUGAGAAUAAGAGGAAGUCAGGUGGAGGAAGCAUUGAAAAACUUCAACAUGACAAGAACAAAAAAGCUAUUUACAUAACCUUUGAAGAAGAAGGAGUUGCUCAAAGUGUAUUGAGAAAAGUUCACAAAAUUGGCAAGACAACUCUAAAAGUGGAACUUUAUAACCAGUCAACAGUUGACGAAAAGAAGACAGAACCGAUCAACUCCAUUGUUGUUAGAGGGAAGGAGAGAGCUCUUAAAGAUGAAGACGUAGAAACUGUUGAAUUGUACUUUGAGAAUAAGAGGAAGUCAGGUGGAGGAAGCAUUGAAAAACUUCAACAUGACAGGAAAAAAAAAGCUAUUUACAUAAUCUUUGAAGAAGAAGGAGUUGCUCAGAGAGUGAUGUCAAAAGCACCUCACAAAAUAGGAGAAAGAACAUUACAAGUGGAGCUCUUUGAUGCAUCAUCAGCAGUUGAAGAAACUGAGACGAAAGCAAUCAACUCCAUUGUGGUGAAAGGCUUUAAAGAAACAGAAGACACUGAAACUGUGGAAAUGUACUUUGAGAGUACGAAGAAAUCAGGUGGAGGAAGUGUUGAAAGAAUCCAGUAUGACAAGAACAAAGGAGUUAUUCACAUAACGUUUGAAGAAGAAGGAGUGGCUGAAAGAGUUGUUGGAAGACAGCACAAGUUACAGGGCAGAGUUCUCACAGUGAUGCUGGAUACUGCUGAGGAGGAGGAAGAUACAUCAGAAGAGCCGGAUGAUCCACUGACUACAGUUGUUGUUAAAGGAUGUGACUCUAAUAUUUCAAAUGAUUCGAUAACCCUGUACUUUGAGAAUAAGAGGAGAGGUGGUGGGGUGAACAUUGAAAAGAUACAACGUGAGGAAAAUGGACUAAUCUACAUCACAUUUGAAACAGAAGACGAUGUAAAAAAGGUUAUGGAAAAAAGUCACAGGAUUGAAGGAAAUCGCCUGACUAUGCAAGUUUAUCAUCCACCCAAGAUGUACCAGGACAAGUUUCUUUUGACAAAUAUUCCUGAUUCCACCUCUCCAGAGAUGAUCUGCAACUUCAUAGAGGCUAAAGUGCACUGUCAGGUAGCUGAAGAUGAUAGCAUUCUAUAUGGUGAAGAUCCUGGUGUGGUUCUAGUGUCAGUGGAAGACAAAAUAGAUUUUAAAGAAGUAUCAACGAAUUUGACAAAAAAGAAAUUAGCGGGACAUACACUUGAGGUCAGAAGAGUGCCAGUUUCAAAAAGCAUAAUUGUAAAAAAUGUGCCAGCAGAAAUAUCAGCUGAUGCAUUAAGGAUGUAUUUUGAAAAUAAACGUCGAAGUGGAGGAGGAGACAUUUUAAACUUUGACCUACACACUAAACAAGGAUGUGCCACCAUCACUUUUGAAGAGGAACAAGGUAAAAAUAGUUGAU